ACUGCAAACCAAAGUCUCGGAAGCUUAAAGAAGGAACUUCUGCUUAACAAAGGAGCUUGUGCUUAAAUCCAAGCAAAAUCCCAACCUUAUCCGUACCCAAACACGGCCUUAACGUUACGUGGUUGUAAGCUUCUGAGCUAUAACCGAUAAAGAGACGACAGUCACUUAUUGUAAAAGCGAUUCUUUAACCACUUAGCUAAAUUUCCCCGCCCAUCCCCCAAAACUACGGAAUUGUUCGUUGCUUCUCUCUUUUUCCCUCGCCGUUUGUCUUCCUUCUCUCUUAUGCAGCCACCAAGUGUUCGGAGAAAUGCUGGAGUCAUGGUGUCCUUCACCGCCGCUCUUAUCUCCCCUCCGUUUUUGACGCAUUUUGAUUCUCCCGUUUCCCCUUCUUGCCUCUGCGCUGUUGGGCCGUGGGGAGGAGUGGGGAAGGGAGGAAAUUUUUUGCCACUGAAGUUGAGUGUUGCUCUGGGGGAGGAGAGUCGAUGUGGGUUUUCUUUCUUGGGGUUUAUUGAAGUGAAGAGGAGGAGGAGGAGGAGGAGGAGGGGUUCUGGAUAUUCUUGUUGGUGCAAAAAAGAGUGCGAUAGUGAAGGGGAUUUGGCUUUGGAAGCAGAGAUAUUGAAGUUCAUGAAAGAUAGUGAGAAGCCAGAGGUUUUUCCGAGCAAGAAAGAGUUGGUGGAUGCAGGGAGGAUGGAUCUUGUGGAGGCUAUUCAGAGACAGGGAGGAUGGCUUGCCUUGGGUUGGGAUUUGGAUAAUGGCUGUGAUAGUCAAGAGGAGCAAGAACAGCAGUAUCAGUUUCAAGAAAAUGGUUUUCAACAUUUGAAUUUUCACCAAACUGAGAACACAUGGAAUAAUGGGGAUCUGAAAAACAGUGUUGACGGUGAAGUUCGGAGUUCUAGGGCUUCUUCUUGCUCUCCAUCCUCGUCUGGUAGAACACUAGAAGAAGUGGCAGCAGAGGAUGGCAGAGGGAUUGAGGAUAUACUGAGUCGUUUGGAGAAAGAAAGGAAUAUCAAUUUUGGCUUUGGUUUCAAUGAGAAGGAAAUAAGCACUCGUUUCCCAAGUAAUGAUCACAAAGAUGACUUUCUUCCUCAACAAUCCACCACGAUAGUUGCUGGCCCUGAGAGAAGAAGAUCUAUAUCCAAUACUAGCAGAGGUAUAAUUGAUGAUAGUGGGGGCAAAAUCAGUCACAACCAGUCCUUUCUUGGUGUCGAUGAUCUUAGACAUGGAAGCUCCAUUAAGUCAGAUAUUUGGAGAAAUUGGAGCAUCCAGAGAGCAGGGCCUUCAGACAUGGAAUUUGAAGAUAUUUCAGGAGAUGACACACUUGAAAUAAGAGAUAGAUCUAGUGAGUUGGACCGAAGAAAUGAAUCAAAUUCUUUUCAAAACGAUAACCCAGAUCAAAUCCACAGUCACCUUGAGCGCUUGGAGUUAGAGCUUUCCUCUGUGCUUCAGUCACUCAGGUCUGAUGCUGAUAAUAUUUCAUUGCAAGAGGAUGACAGAAGCUCCAAGGACAAUUUACAGAAUCUUUCUGAUGCGCUGGAGUUUCAACAAAAUGAAAUCUUGACUGCUCAGGGCAAGCUACGAUCCAUUCGGGCAAAAUUGGCAGUUUUGGAAGGAAAGAUGGCACUCUCAAUAAUAGAUACACAAAAGAUUGUGGAACAAAAGCAGAGAAGGAUUGAUGAUGCUCGUAGAGCUUCACAACUUCUUCGUACUGCUUAUAUAGUGUGGCCUAAUUCAGCAUCAGAGGUGCUCUUAGCAGGAUCAUUUGAUGGAUGGGCCACCCAGAGGAAGAUGGAAAGAUCAAGAACUGGUGUUUUUUCACUGUACUUGAAGUUGUAUCCUGGUAGAUACGAGAUCAAAUUCAUUGUUGAUGGUAAAUGGAUGAUUGAUCCCUUCCGCCCGAUUGUUCACAACGGACAUGAGAAUAACCUACUUAUUAUCACAUAGGUGGAUAUAUUCAAUACAGGGAAUUAGAAGAAUUAGAAAUUUAGGUACUAAUUGUUUAAGUUCUUCUCCUUUUUCAUUUCUUUGUAAACAAGUAGAGUGGAAGCAGAG